UGCCUAUCAGCAUGUGCUUUAACACAAUUACAUUAACCUUUAAUCUGAAGCACAGCAUAUAUAACACAAUUUGAUUAGUGUGUCUUAUUUCUACUUAGGCCAAUCUGCAGAUAUAAUUGGGGGCGAAGAAUCAGUUCCACACUCAAGACCUUAUAUGGCUGCCCUCAUUAUACCUGUUGAAGGUAACACAUCCUUAUGCGGUGGUACUUUGAUUAAAAGGAACUGGGUGUUAACAGCAGCUCAUUGUUUUCCAAAAGAAAGGAAAAAAUCAAUUCCACAAGCAAUAGUUUUUCUUGGUGCUCAUUCACUAACUGGAAAACAACAACAACAACGCAUUAAAAUUAUUGGAAGAUAUGGUCACCCACAAUAUAAUGAAAAGACGAUGGAAAAUGACAUUAUGCUUUUGAAGAUGGAGAAAAGUGCGAAGAUUGACCAACAUGUCAAAUGCAUUGAGCUUCCUAGCACUUCCAAUGAUGUUGAGGCAGGAACACAGUGUCUAGUAGCUGGGUGGGGAAUUACUGAUAACAAAAGCAGGAAUAUAUCCACUAUGCUUCGUGAAGUUAAUGUCACUGUUAUUCAGAGAAGUGUCUGCAAUGAUGAGAAUCACUAUAAGCAUUUGAUGUAUGUGACAAGUAACAUGCUGUGUGCAGGAGAUGACAAGGGAGGAAAAGAUGCUUGUGUGGGUGACUCUGGUGGUCCUUUGAUAUGCAAUGGGAAGCAAAGAGGCAUUGUCUCCUUUGGUGCUAAAUCAGAAUGUGGAAAUCAACGCUACCCUGGUAUCUAUACUCUUCUCACAGAGGACUAUCUUGCCUGGUUAAGAGAAAUCACAGAACCUUUUACAGGUUGAGCACUUGGUUUUAUGAUUCUCGUUCCAGACACUCAUGAAUUAAACCUCUCCUUUUUCUUUCUUUUUAAAAAGAGAAUGUGAUUUAGUUUAUGCUAAUCUCUGUAGCUGUAGUGAGUGCCCUAUAUGUAACUGAUUUAAAGUGAUGAGGAACCUGUGGUGUUGAUAGACUACAAAUUCCAUCUUCUGUGAACUGGCCCUGACGGCUGGGGCUAAUGACAGUUGGAAGCCAAUAGCAUUUGGUUCCCAUCCCCUAUUGUACACUGCAAAGCUGCUUCCUUCAUGUGUAAGAAUGCCAUUUGGAUCUCAUGUGUUUUUAUAA